AGAAAAGAAAAGAAACGGAAGCGCGUAAGGAGGAAAGGGCACGUGGAGAGUAUAGUGGGGUCUAUAAAACUGGGAGCAUUUCUCGUCGCCACAACCGGCCCUCUGUCUGCUGGUUUUUUACCCCAUCUUCUCUUCUGAGUCAUAGAAAAUCCAUUCGUAGGGUUUUGGGUGUGUUUGUGUAGCUGCUGGGUUUGCCUGUUUUGUUUGGUUGGGAAGAAAAUCCAAGCUUCAGUGAGAAAAAGAAAUGGCAGAUGGAACAGCAAACUGCAUUGACAUUUUGGUCGCCAUCCUCCUUCCUCCCCUUGGCGUCUUCCUCAAGUUCGGCUGCGAGGUGGAGUUCUGGAUCUGCUUGCUGCUCACUAUCCUUGGUUACCUCCCUGGAAUCAUCUACGCUAUUUAUGCCAUCACCAAAUGAUCUCCCUACUCCUUCAUCUCCCCUAGAUGUGAAAGGGCUUCUGUCCUUUUCAUUUCUGGAGGGGAGUAGCUACCACUGCCAUUACUGUUACCAUUACUAUUAGCAGCAGGCGUUUAUUUGAAUGGGUUGUCAUCAGACAACAGUGGUGAUGAUGUUUGUUUGUGUUGGUGCCUUCUCCCUUCGAUUCCACAAGGGUUGAUGAGAUUAAUUUGUUUGUUUGUAUCUAUGUAUGUGAUGUGAUUGAUGUCUAUUCAUUCUUAAAUAAAUGUAUUUCAAUUUUAUUUCA